GUCUAAACAUUUUAUCUGUCAGUAUGGCACGGGCUUUGGUUCUGGUUUAUACAUGUGUGAUCUGGCAUGCAAUUCUACUAUUAACAAAAUCCACAGAUUGGUAUUAUGGUGAAACAGAUGACUAUGUUGACCCUGAUGAUCCAUAUUUUGAUGGUGAAGAUGAAGUCCAAAAUUCAAGCAGCACUGACUGGUUAUUUGAUGUUUCUGAGGAAGAAGAUCCUUGUUUAGCAAAUCCUUGUGAGAAUGAGGGUACCUGUGAAACGAAAGGCCAAACGUUCAAGUGUCAUUGUCAUCCAUUUUAUACAGGAAAGACAUGUCAAUUAGUGAACAAUCCCUGUCGGAGGAAUACAUGCAAGCAUGGAGAGUGUGUUCUAACCACUAACCCACCAUACUACAAGUGCAAGUGCAACUAUCCAUUCAAACCACCAAGCUGUAAAAAAGCAAUUCGCACAUGUUCGAGAAACCCUUGUAAAAAUGGUGGAAUUUGUAAAAGGGGCAUGACUAGAAGAUCUUUCUUUUGCGUCUGUCCAAAAUCCUACACAGGGCGAUAUUGUGAAACAGAUUCCAAUGACUGUUAUGAGGAAAAUGGUGAAAAUUACAGAGGCAAUGUUGGUGUAACACAACAGGGGAAAGAGUGUUUAUACUGGAGCUCACACUUGCUUCUAAAGAAACAUAUCAAUAUAUUUGGGCCUCAAGCUGAAGAAACUGGCAUUGGAGAUCACAGGUUUUGCAGAAAUCCAGAUGAUGACGAUAAGCCUUGGUGCUUUUUUAAACAACCAAAUGGAAAACUGAAAUGGGACUUUUGUGCAAUCUCUCAGUGCCAGACUGAAACUACUGAGGCACCUGAAGCAGAGCCUGACCCUACAUCUGUGCUCCCAACUUUUUUUGAAAAUUGUGGAAAGGUAGGAUUGAGAAGAAAUUUAAGCCGCAUCUAUGGUGGACUGAAGACAGCUCGUGGCAGGCAUCCUUGGCAGGCAUCUGUGCAACUAAAAGUUCCGCUAAAUAUUUAUGACGCAGGACACCAAUGUGGAGGAACCUUGAUUGCACCCUGUUGGGUUCUUACAGCAGCUCAUUGCUUAGAGGCAAGCACUCAAGCCAAGCACUAUCAAGUACUACUCGGGAAACACAACAUAGGUCAAACCGAACUGAAUGAACAGAAAUUUGAUGUUGAGCAAAUAAUUGUGCAUCCAGACUAUGAAGAAACAGACAAUGCCUUGUUCAAUGACAUUGGUGAGGAAACUGUUUGCUUAAUCAGCUAA